AUGUCAUUACUCGGUUCAUCUUCAUCAUCCUCUUCGGCUGUAUCAUCUCGAUCAGCUACUCCCGAUACUUCCAAUGCCAAUGUCAACCCUUUGAACCCUCAAGGAUUAAAACCAUGUUGCGCAUGUCCCGAAACGAAAUCAAAGAGAGACGAAUGUUUCCUCAAAUCAAAUGCUGGAGAAGGUGAUGUCGCUUGUAAAGAUCUGAUAGAAGCUCAUAAAGCCUGUAUGAGAGGUUAUGGAUUCAAGGUAUAA